GUCUAACUAAUAAAGAGUAAAGCUUUUUUAAAAUAAAAUACAAACCUAGCAUAUACUUUGGGAGACAAAUCAGCUAUGGUGAUUUUUUUUUUUUUCUGCCAAAAUGCUGGGAUGCUUCUUUUGGGUUAUUUCCAGAGAGUUGGGUCAUUUCAAGAUAUCAGUAACAAGGCACAUGGAUUUACAGUCACAAACAACGAUUUUCUACUUUAUUUUAUUUUAUUCUUUCUUUCUAAGGUUGGAGUCAACAUGGUGGAAUACCUCCAGCAGACAAAAGUGUCAAAGUCCUCCAUCCAGAUGCUGGGAGGAUAACAAGUGCUGCUCUAAGGCAAAUUAUUUUACAAAUUUUUCUGCACCGCCAAGGAUCAGUAGGCUGAAGGGAAGAGAAGUGUAUGAUGCCAAAGGACAACUUUCAAUUGAAGCAGAGCUCUUCUGUAUUGUCUGCAGCAAAGAAAAGAGCAUGUCGUCGGCUGCUGUCUCCAGCCACUUGGCACCAAAGGAGAUUUCACUGGACUGGAAAGCUACUAGUCAAGAGAGGGCUAAACAUGUGCUAACUGGUCUCCAGUGGAUCAAUGGACCUCUAAACAGCAUGCUGAAAGACCAAAACCCCUGUGACCAAUUAGAAGUGGACCAUAUUCUCAGCAAUUUCUUUAUGGCCCGCUACCUGGAGAAGAAAGACAUCCUGGACAGGGAGAAGCAGGAGAAUUGUUCACACAGUGGGUCCGACGAGGCUCUUCAUUCUCUACCACCUGUACAAACUAAAGACAAGAAGAGCACUGAUAAAGGCAAAAAGAGCAGUGCUGCAGAGAAGUCAUUUCCUCCAGCAGAGCCACCAGAGCUGGUUCUGUGCGGGAGUUUGGCCAUUGGCUCAGUGUCACUGGCCGUGGCUAAAACUGGGGCAAAAAUACAGGGCACCCCCCUCUACAAAUACAUAGCAGCUCUAAAGAACAGAGAGGUUCCAACAAAGCUGCACAUCCCUGUCCCCUUGGUCACUUUGCUGAGUUGUGGGAAGACUUCUCCUGGAAAACUGCGUUUACUGGAGGAGGUCAUCUUGAUACCCAAAGUUGGACAGCGAGUUAAUCAAAUCAUCACAAUGACCCUUGAGUUACAGAAGGAGAUGGCGAGAAUAAUGAACACUGCAACAAAAGCUGGGGCUACCCAAGUCACUGUGUGUGACCGCGGAGCACUGGCAGUGAGCUGCGAGAAACCAGAGCAGCCUCUGGAUCUGAUCAUAGAAGCCUGUACUGUCCUUGAACUGCCACUUGGAACAGAGAUGCAUUUAGCACUGAACUGUGCUGCUCCUGAUCUAAUGGACUAUUCUAAAGGGAAGUAUGAAAUUGCAACAGGAGUCCUAAAGUCUCCAGAUGAGUUAGUAGACAUGUUCCAAACCCUCAUCAGCAAAUAUCCAGCAGUGGUGGCUUUAAUCGAUCCAUUCAGAAGAGAGGACACAGACCAGUGGGAGAAACUGAGAAAUGCAAUUGGAGGUUCAUGCACUCUGCUUUCUGACAUCACCUACAAGUCACAGGCUCCGCCCCCUCCGGGUGCCAGAGGUCAUGUCAUCAAACACAUCCAUGAGACAACCAUUAGUGACUUGGUCCGCAUGACUUCAGAGCACCAAGGUGCGGUGUUAAUGGGAGCAACAGGCAGUGAGCCCUGCAGCGAUGAUUCUUUAUCAGAUAUAGCUGUGGGUCUGGGUCUGGACUAUGUCAAACUGGGAGGUCUGAGUGGGUCUGAGAGGAUGACUAAAUACAACCGUCUGAUUUCUAUAGAAGAAGAACUGGUCCAACAAGGAAUCCUGGUCUCUAAGGAGAAGCACCCCCCUCCACUGUUCCCUGAAAAAAAAAACACAGGAGCAGCCUGCUACUGUGUCUGAGCCGUCCUGAAGGAACACACUCACUGUCUCUGUCUCAUUUUAAAAAAACAUUCAAAUGUGUAUCAGUGCUACCUCCGAAUUCAGUUCUGCUCUUAUCAUUUGUCUCCACUUAUAAAACGUGCUAAAACGAGUACAAACAACACGCCUUAGUGUAGUGUUACCCUUCUGUUUCAUUUUACACGCUUGUUU